AUGUUCUCUUACUUUGUCCAUUUUCGCAUCUCCAGUACUUUAUUAUUUCUUUCUGUUGUCUUUGUAAGGUCAGAGCAGACUGAAAAGGUCAAGCUGUCGAUACCCAUCGUGAACUCUCUCAACCUUUACACUCUCAAUGUCGGAAUCGGCACACCUCCGACACCCCAUGCCUUAGGGAUCGCGACUGGAUCAGCAAAUACCUUCGCUGGUGCCUUCAAUCCUGGUACCUUCCAACCCACACCUUCCACUACCAACCUUCAGAAACCCUUCUUUAUUCCUUACGGUUAUGGAAAUGUCACUGGCACCCUACUCACCGAGACUUUAACUUUCACGGCCAAUGAGAAUUCACUUACCCUUCCUAACGUGACGAUUGGGAAUGUUUCAAAACUAGUUUCUCACCACUCUUCAUCUAUACAACAACAGGGCUUCGAUGGUUUUGACGGUCUUCUUGGCUUGGGCCUAUCAUCCGAAUCCUAUCCUAGAGACGCAGAAAAUAUUGGAGAACUUCUAACUCCGACUGGAAUAAUGUAUGAUAGAGAGGUCUUAGAAGAAGUUAUGUUUGGGAUUUCAUUCAUGCCUACAAGGAGUGCCCCAGACCCGAACGGCCUGAUAACCUUUGGGGGAGUGAAUCCUAACCGGUUUAUUGGAGACCUGGUAUGGUAUCCAUGUAGCUCAUAUCACACGUGGGACUGGAAAGCAUCGAUUUCGUAUGGUGAUGCCACCUUGUCUGAAACUGAGUUACGGGGUUCAUUCGAUACGAGCUAUACGAACUCUCCGGCUAUUCCACGAUACCUGUUCGACAAAUACGUUGUCUCGAUUCCUGGGGCAGUUUGGGAUGACUCUUGGUUAGAACUCAAUCCCGCUGGACAAGUCAACGAAUACAUGCUUCGAAUCCCGCGUGCUUCUGUGGCCGAGAUGGAAGACCUCUGCUUCUCAUCAGGCGAUCGAAAGUGGUGUCUGGUUCCCGAAGCCCAAUUAGUUCCCGAUGGUAUCGUCCCUAAUGCAGACCCAGCAUAUAGAUAUGGAUACGUCAGCCCAGUUCAGACUGCUGAUGCUUCCCAGCAAAACUCUACAUUUGUUUUCGGUAUGAAAGCCAUGGAAAGGUUUUACGUUGCCUUCGACCUAGCAAAUUAUAGAAUUGGUCUUGCCGAAACAGAAUGGACAAACUGCACCUUUUAA